AUUAUCUGACAGAAUCUUACGUGGGAUAAGGUGUAGUAGUUUUAAAACAGGAGGGUAAAAUAAGCAAAAAAUUUUGGAACAUCCCAGUUCAUCUCAUGCUUUUCUUGUGAUUGCUAAUAUUACUAAGCUGCUGAGUGUUUGCUUUAACUGCACAAUGAGAAAUCAAGAACUGCAGAGCAGUUAAUUCCUCUUUAAAGCCACAAUGAAUGCAAAAAAUGAUGUCUCUUUCAGGAAACAAUUCCAGGAAGCAAUGCUCACACAGGAAUUCAGUAGAAGCUGGCUCCUGGAACGUGCUCUUCUUUCCCACCCACAGAAAACAGAUCCCAGCAGCCCAUGUGCUCCAUCCAACCUCUCCUACCUCCAGGCACACACAGGUAGAAGCCUUGCUCUCUUUCUCCUCUCCCUUCCCAUUCUUUCUCCAUGAGACAUGCUGAUGAUCAUUCCCCUGCUUACCCCAUCCCCAUCAGACUUAGCCUUCCCAACCACUCCACCAUCAGAUAGACUUUGGCACUGGAAGCCCAAGAGGAGUCAGAGCACACCUGUAAAAUGUUCCUUGGAAGGAGAAUGGAAAGGCAUACUGCAUCCUGCCCAGCCUUUGGGCACAAUCUUCCCUGCACAAAUACUGGAAGCAGAAGGCAGGGGAACUACCUGCCAGAGAGGCAGCCAAAGGUGUGGAAGGAAGCCUCCAGAAUCAGAAGGUCAGCUGGGACCAAGAGCAAGUCUUGAGUCAAAUUUUGACUGGAAUUCUCCAUUUUGGCAGCUAUGGCAUCCCAGGAGGCACUAAAAGCAGCAGAGACUGAGACCCUGCCAGAGAGGAGACAUGGGGCUCCUCAGGAAACACUGGAAAGUGUUUCUGCCACAGAAGCACAAGCAGGCAGCCAGCUCUGGCCAGUGAGAUACCACACUCCAAAAUGAAUAUUCCCAAAUGGUGCAUUUUAAACAUUUAAACUUUUUAACCACCACCUCCUAAGGGCACACUAGCCAGCAAUUCCAAAAUAUUGGAAGUCAAACAGAUGAGGCAGCAGACCAGCUUGGCUGAACUGAGUUCUUCUCUUGGGGAAAAAGGUCAAAAAAGGAAGGUAUGUGCCCGGUGGAAGCAAUGUCAGGUUACAUGGUGGUGCUGGAACAGCCACCCCUCUGUGGGGCAGUGGCUCCAGGGAGAAAUGCUCUGGCAUGACAGAGCAGACCCACUGUGGCAGUCAUCCUGACUAGCCCAGCAAACAGUCCCCAGGGUGAAAGCAAGGAUAUUUUUGAAGGAGCUGCUUGUGCCCUCUGCCUGUGGCAGUCAAACAGCAGCUUCACUUGUGGUGCUGAGACCAGCUAAGGAGUUGAUUUAUCACCAGGUCCAAAUUUAUAUACCCUUUUUCUCCCUGAAUGACAGAAAAAUGAACAGCAUGUUGCCAAACUGCACGACCUCCCUCUUGGGAGUACAAACUUGCCUCCUGCCAAAGCAUGUUACUUCACCUCAACAAAGGUCUUGCCUCAGAAGUCUCUUAUUCCUGUUUCCCAGCCAUCAUCCCCAGUACUAGACAGCCAUGUUCAGCCCCAAGGCUUCCUUCUUCCAGCUCUGGACUGCUGGGCUUCAUUUGCUGCAAGAUUUCUGUCCUCACCUACCAGAACUGCUGCCUAAGCCACCCAUGAUCUGAACUCCCUUGUUCUAGACCCUUGUCCCUCUCCAUGCUAAAGUAAUUCCACACACAGAGGCACAUAGGAAGGCAUCCCCCCACUGCCACUUGCAUGAUGUCUCUAUUCACUGAGCUUCUCUUAGGACUUCCUCCCAUCUUUCUUUUCACUUACUUGGUGCUUUUGGAUGCAAGUGCCAGUAUUACAGGCUCACAACACAUGUACCACAUGGAGAUUUCUAGACCAUGCCUACACAUGGAAUUACUAGAUGAAAAUCUGUGAACAGCUUCACAGCUGGGUGUCCUGCAUGAACCAACCCCCAACACACAGCCCUGCUAACAGACCCACCACAAAGCAGGACAAACAAUUCCAGAUCCGCCCAGGAGGACUAAAGGAAGGAGACUUUUGCCCCUUACAUAACUCGAGGUUGCAGUGGUUCCCUGUAGCAGCAGCACCUUGGCACCUUGCACUGUGCCUGCGUAAGCACGGUGGCUGCAGGCAAGGGAACUUGGGCGAUGUCUGGGAAGCAGAGGGGGGGGAAUCAGUGUCCAAAGUGCAAGAAAGGCCAUGUUGCCAGUGAACUCUGGCAUUGCUGAGGUACUGAGGUCCGUGCUGGGACCAUCAUUCACCUCUAAAGAAGUGUCCAAACAAAACUAAACAAAUUCAUCGAAGCCCUCAUGGACACCAAGCUACUCUAAUAAUAGCACAACAAUCUGGGUGAGCUCAGCCUAUUCAGUUAUUCGUGCUGGUUAGCACAGCAGAGAGAAGGAAAGGAAACGCAAGCCUGGCUCAGAUUGUGGAGCUGGGCUGGGCUUGUUUUCUUGGUAGCUGACUCGAUAUCAGGAAAGAGCACUGCCCUCAGAACCGAAAGAGAAAGCAGAUAACAGAUAUCUGCACAUGACAAAACAGGCUGUGGUGACAGACGUCAGCCAGAACAGCACCGGCAGCAGCCACAGACCUGCUUGGCUCCUACAGCGGCACCACAGCCCUCUCCAGCGCCUUUCAGCUCCACACCCACCCAAAUGGGCAGCCCAUUCAGAACGAUGGGCAUCCUCAAUGUGACCUUCCAGUCUCUCCAGAAGCCUGUUGUGCACAAGCACUCCAAGGGACAGCACAAGAAGUGAGGGGAAAGUGACCAGGGAAGUGGACAGCGUGAAGCAGAAGCCUGCAAGACAGCACUGAGGACAGUACACGUUCCAGGGAGAGGAGCAGAGUUGGGUUUGGCACCCAGUCUGAGAGAGGAGCAAGGUGGACGGCAAUCACAGGGUGUGUCUCAGUAGCACCCUUGUCCCUCAGCCUCAGAGGAAGCAGGAGAGCACGCACGCACCAGGAUGGGUCUGCUGCAGCAGAAGUGUACUGAGAACCUGCUCCAUGUGCUGAUUUUACUGGAGGCUGUUGGGACCUUUGCCCUGAUGUCCUACGCACUGGUGUACGAAGCCGGAAACCUGGUGAACCUCCCUGACAAACGCAUUGGCUUUUACAACUUCUGCCUGUGGAAUGACACAGCUGGGGAGCUGCAGUGCCUGGACAAUAAGCACCUACAGGCAAUGGGCAUCAGUCUACUACAAAUAGCGCUAGCCAGGGUUUGUGUGUAUACCUGCCUGGUCUUCAUCCUCUUCCACCUCGUUUUUGUUUUAACUGUGAAUUGCACUAAGCAGAGACAGGGGUGGAAGAUGAUCCGCAUCAUACCCUUCAUCAAGACGAUAAUCCUGUCUGGAGGCCUGGGUAUGUUUCUUUUACAAACCUCACAGUGGAUUCAUCCCUCUGAUUUCACUGGAGGCUUCCUGGCACUGCUUGGGACUCAGGUUCUGCUCCUGCUCCAGAUUCUCACUGCCACUGUGUACCUCAUCUGGGCCAAGCACACACAUAUGUAUCAAGGCUAUUUAAAUGAGGAGGCCCUGCCCACUAAGAUUUGACAGUGAAGAAGAUGCAAGAGCUAUUGAUUGGUAACAUGAUUUAAAGUAGUUAUUCUAAUACAGCUUUACUCCCUAGCAAAAAUCUGAUUCCCAGUCCAAAGGCUCAUGUCAAGCCAUGCUCUGGCACAUUGCUGUGUGCAGCACGCCUGCAUCAAGCUGGCAGCAGACACCAACAGCCAUAGCACAGCACAGAAGCUUCCCAGGUACAACAGCAUGUAACACCCCUCAGUUUGGGGCACAGCAUCAGUGGCAGCACUUCUGGGCCCCAAGGAGCAGUGAAGGCAGCAAAACCAGCACACAGUGGACAUGGCCCUCUGCCCAUACAUAGUCUAAGUAAAAGUUGCUAGUAUCUCAUAGUAUAUGAUUAAUCUGUAAUUAACUAACAAAAUGCUGUUUUUACCUUUUACUCUCCCAUGUAACAAAGAUAGAGGGAGUUUAAAAACAGGAUCUGCAGAUUAUGUCUAACUAGGAACUAACAAAUGUUCAGGAAAAUAUAACCGAAUAGGUAAUUUCUUUUAAUCUCUUAGAGAAGCAGCCAAUCAGCAACCUACCUUUAAGGCUUGUGAAGAAAGCCGUCUAGGAUGAUACAGAAAUAACACCAGAAAGAAACAGUUUUGUAGUCUGUAAACAAGUUAACAGACUGAGCAUGCACCAAUUAAGAAAGUGUAAUAAAAGCACAAGUGAUGAAGACGAUUAAACGACCAUCAACCCUGAAGGGGCUGUAAUAACCCCUAAAGGACACUAGAUGGCAGGAAAGACUCAAAUAGUUAAGUUCUGUUGGUAUCAUUUUUCAAAUUAGGUUUUUAAUGUUGAUUAUUAUAUUGAUUGUUGAUUGUUAUAUUGUUGUUGACGUUAUAUUGAUAUAUAUAAUGUUGUUGACUGUUAUAUUGAUUUGUCUGUGCAGUGAAUAUGUAACAGCCUUGCAAAUACAAACUGCAUUAAUCCAGAGAGGCAAAUAAAGAAUGCCUGUUUAACAGGGA